CAACCGUUCAAUUUACGACAGUUCUGACGCGUUACGGAUUAACAUGGCGGCGGCUAGCGUGUGUUAAGAAACAUGUCACUGCUAUCGCUAUUGUAGAAAAAAUUGGUUACAGACAGCCGGAGACAUUUAACAUCAGUUCAUUUUGUAAAAUAUUGUAAUAGCCUGCCGUUAGAAUGGCGUAUAAAAGUGCCACGGCACUCCAAGAGAAGGUCAACCGGUUGAUGAGUCGAACGGCUGGCAAGCCUGUUCUGAAGCCAAACAAGCCUCUCGUCCUCAAGGGCGAAGUAGCUAAUCGCAAAAUGCGAAGAGGGGAGGCCACUUGCAUCACAGAGAUGUCCUUGUUGAUGGCCUGUUGGAAGAAGAGUGAAUUCAAUAAUACAGUGUGUUCCAGUGAAAUCACCGUCUUUUAUAAGUGUGUGGAGAAAGCCCAGGUCGAGGCAAAGUCCAAAACAGCUCAACAGUCCAGCCAAGGAGGACGGCUCGUUCCAAAGCAGGCCAAUACCCUGCUGAAGCGAUUCCCCAGUAUCAAGAACGAAUACUAGACUCUUUCAUCUAAGUCAAAUAAAAUGGGGCGUCUCCUGGACUCAAAGGUCAAGGUUCUCUUGGCACAGUGAAUUGCAAAGUUGUUGUAACAGGACUGGGCUUGGCCCUUCACUGAAAGACUGGACGAUGCGGUUCAGAGAUACACCACGUCGUGUGGAGAUUAAUUGCGAAGAAGAAAAAGAAAGACAAGGGUGGCCAAAUGUCAUUUGUCACAACAUCAGCAGCCAGUGGAGGCCAGGGCUAAUCAGGUGCAUUUCCCAGCCUUUGAUGCACUCUGGGUGAUUACUGUAUUGAGUAGACUGCGAUAGAUCAUCACAUUAAACAGUUCAAAUAAA